UAUUGCAAUAGUGUGGUGCAGACUCUCUGGGUUGUGAUAGACUAGGCUGCUUUAAUUUAAGCAUUAAAGCACACGGUGAAUGUGUUAAAUAUGUCAAGUCAUUCAAUAUACCCACACUAGUGCUGGGAGGUGGUGGGUACACUAUUCGUAAUGUUGCUAGAUGCUGGACAUACGAGACAUCAUUAUUACUGGACACUGAUAUCAGCAAUGAGCUACCAUAUACAGAAUAUUUUGAGUAUUUUGGUCCUGAUUUUACACUCCAUCCUGAUGUGAGUACUAAAAUGGAGAACCAGAACACAAGACAAUAUUUAGAUCAGAUCAAGCAACAUAUUUUAGAAAAUUUAAGAAUAUUACCACAUUCCCCUAGUGUACAGAUGCACCAAGUUCCUCCUGAUAUGCUAAGUAUGGAGGUACCUGAAGAACCUUCACUUGAUGUUCGAGAAACCCAACAUGAAACUGACUCAAGAGUUGAGCAUUCCGCUGAAUAUUAUGACAGUGAUAAAGAUCAAGAUUUAACAUACCAUCAUAACAUUGACAAUGUUUAACUAUCAUUAUUAAUUCACACAACAAGGCUACUGUACAAUUUAAUAGAG